CGGUGGGGCGGGCGGCGCCCGCAGUUGUCACCGGUAGCGGUAGGGGUGGUUGGACGUAGCUGCUCUGUCCCCAGGACCGUCACUGUACAGAGCCCUUCCCUUGGUCCGACCCCUCCGCCAUGACCACCACGGCCACGUUCUCGGGCAUGGACCCCAAUGGCAGGAACAGCUCCAGAGUGCUGCGUCCUCCCGGCGGCGGCUCCAACUUCUCCCUGGGCUUUGAUGAGCCCAAAGAACAGCCUGUGAGGAGGAACAAAAUGGCAUCCAGCAUCUUUGGAACUCCUGAGGAGAACCCACCUUCCUGGGCUAAAGCAGCAGGGGCUAAGCCAGGUGAAACCAGAGACAGCUGUGAAUCCUCUGGACCACAAAGAACAAACUCAACUGAGGCAAACUGUGGAGAGUUCGUAGAUCCCAAGGGAGGAGAUGUUGGUGGUGACGUUUUUGGGGCAGUGUGAGCUGAAUGAAUGUGAGCAGCUAAGGAGAAUCAGGCAGUGCCCUGACUGUACAUGACCCACAGGAACGUGGAGCCUGGAUCCUGCACAGUGCUGGGACUGUCCCCAGGCAGGGACAUUCAGAAGCCCUUGCUGACUCAGCAGACUGGGACACAGCAGCUAGAGGAGCUUCAGGCUUAAAAUGUGGUGUUAACCCAGCACAGCUGAAACAAACAGUUAAUGAGCACAGCAGAGGAUCUCUAGUGGAGAUUAUUCGUGAUUCCAUGGGGACUGUGCUCAGAUGCUGGAGUUCUUUGUGAUUAAAAGCAUGGCUAUAGGGAAGAGUCAGUGGGCACAAGUUGGGUUUUGGUGUUUCUGAUAACAUUUUGCAUUGAAAAAAAUAAACUAAGUUGACAGAGCAUGUGAGGAAAGCUGGGGGGUAGGAAGAAAGCUGCUGGGGGUAGGAAGAAAGGAGGCAAAGGGUAGGACUUAGUAAUUACUUUUCAGGUUGGAAAAAUUAGCUAUGGGAGAUGAUGCUGGAGGUGGUUUAAUUCAGUGCUUUUGUCUGUGACCUGGAAAAGGUAAUGAGCAGUGAAGUCUCCAAUUUUGUUGGUGAUACUACCUUUUUCAAGUAGUCAAAUCGUGCUGAUUGUGGGAAAAUAUCACUGCCAGAAGGACUCAGCUAAAUGAGUCUGGCAGGUAUAAAGGCAGGAUAAUCCCUGUGUAAGCAAGUGUAAAGUAAUGAGUCCGGGCUGGGGGGGGAUCCCCCAAAAACUAAACCAUGGCAGCCUUGUGUUCAGCUCUGUGCUGUGGUGCUCCCAGGAUCUGCCUUGAGUCCUUCCCCUUGAAAUUCUUUGAGGUGUUUGGAGGUGCCAGCAAAAUACUGAAUGUCGUCAGGGAGAGGAUGGAAAAUUACAUACUUUUUCCUGUAAACAAUGGUAAUACCCCCAUAUCUUGAAUUGUGUACAGUCUUUGACCCAUGAAGAGCAGGGGGUUGUAGUGGAGGUCGCAGGGAAAUUUAAGGGGUGCAGUGGCUGCUCUGUGGGGGGAGACUGGAAUAGUCACGCCUGUUCAGUUUGAAGAGAAGGCUGGGACAGGAAAAUUGAUCAAGAUUGCUAAAUCAUGAAGCUUAAGCUGAAUGUGCAGCAGUUCUUUGAAUCCUCCCAACCCAGAAUUAGUGAUCAUGAGAGGAAACAAAGGGGUCUGUUGAAAAGAGGUGAUGUUCGUUUUUGUCCCCAAUAUCAGGGGCUGCUUGGUGCUGAUUUGGGCCUUUGGCUCAGAACUGGUCAUGCUAAUCUGUAAAAAUGUGAGAUGCUGUACUCAGUUGUCAACAAUGCCAGUACAUUAGUUGUUUGCUCCAGUAUCUAAAGUGCUUCCUGUGAAGAAUUUCUUCUGUGCCCUGCCUUUACUUGUGGUUUGCUCAGAAGGAUUUAAAAUAAACUAUCAUGUGCUCUCCAGGGAGUGUACAAUCAGAGCCUCCCCAUGCAUGGCUGUUCCCUGAUGUGUCCUGUGUGAAGCCUCAGAAUUGUGUCAGAUCCUUUUCCCUCCGGUUAGGAAAUUGAGGAUGCAGUUUGAGCACUUGCUGGUGCUGCUGUGGCUGCCAGCACCUGCUCAGACCUGAGUGACAACGUCACAGUCACAACACUGACUGAUUAUAUGUAGAAGACUUAAGCCCUAAGCUGCUUGUCAUUAAAAAAAAUGGAUUGCUGGUGUCCCCUAAUACCAGCUGGCUGAAUGUGGCUCUUGCUGAAGGCCUGAGGCUGAGCUGUAAGGCCUCAGAUUUGAUUUGAGAAACACUUCUGAGGGCUGAGUCUGCCCUGCCAGUGGGUGACAGCAUUGGAGUGUCUGUACCCCUGGACAAAACUGACAGGAACUGAGCUUCCAUCUGAGCCAGCCAAACAUCUGGCUCUCAUCAUCCACAUCAAACUCUUUAAAAGCU